AUGGCAAAUUCCGUGGACUUAUCCGUCCAUACUCCCCCGGACUCGCCCGUUUCAACGUCAUCUUUGCCUUUUCCUCCAUCCAGUCACAACGAUGCAUUGCAUUUGCGACUCAAGACACUGGAUGAACGUGUAUUCGACGUAACAGUCGCGUCGUCCAUGUCAGUGACUGAUUUUCGAGCCACAGUAGCUGAAGCCACAGCCGUUCCGGCCCCGAGACAACGCCUGAUCUAUCGUGGCAAGUUGCUAAAGGAUGGGGCUGCGUUGGCCGCCUAUGACCUGCAAGAUGGACACACGGUGCACUUGGUGGCCAAGCCGCCGGCCGCAGUUGAGGCGGACGCGAGCAGACGGCCGGCGGACGGUCCGGCAUGGAAUUUGGCCAAUCUCCGCUCAGCUCUGAGACGUACAGGAGCUUCGACCACUUCUGUCCAACAACUGCCAGUGCUGCGGGAAGUGCUGGCUGAGACGGCUGAGAGCACGGAAGAGCAGGAGCCGAUACUUGACUUGGAACCAAUCACACAGGGCAUUCUUACCAUGCGGACCGUCCUGUCAACGGCCCAACGAGAGCAGCAGCGACAGUUUUUUGUGGGUCAGUGGCUCGACGUGAAGGACACGGUGAACCAAUGGCUUGAGGCCACGGUUAUGGACAUUGCAGAUGGAAAAGUGCUCGUACAUUACCACGGGUGGCCUACGAGAUGGAACGAAUGGAUUGACUUUGACUCGGACAGGAUCGCAGCCUUCCGCACACGCACGCUUCAUACUCAAAACCCACAGCGUAUGUCGCCUGUACCAACCAUGCGGGUGCCUAGUGCUCCGCAAGUAGGCGGCCGUGACGUACGCUGCACAGUGAUUGAAGUCCGCAACUUGAUGCGUGAGAUGAUGCCACACAUUGACCAGCUUGCGGACUUGUGUGAAGAGGAUGUACGACGACAGCAACAGCAGAGGGAAGAGAGAGCGGUGAAUGUAACGGUAGACGAUGCUACUGACUCGUCGACUAUACCAGUGGACCGACAGGCGCGGGACAGUGAAGUAUCGGAGGUGGCCCAUUUGGUAGCCCCUCUUUUUGAUCGGUUUGGACGGCUGUUGAUGGAUUCAGUACAGUAUUUGGACCCAUUGUUGUACCCUGAAUUGAGAGCCACAUCGCUGCGGCAACAAGAACGCCGUUCGACAGCAUUGCGUCGCGGACACGAAGGUUCUUCACAGCGACGAACUGCUAGUGUGUCGACGUCAAUGGGAAUGCAGGACAACUCGUUUUCUAUUCGAGAUCUGAUUACUACCUCUCCAAACUUAGCAAGCGAGUCGAACCAGCCGAGGCGUAGCAUUGAUGUGCACAUUCACGCGAUAGUCGCACCAGCUUCGCUAUCAUCGCUUUCCUUGCUGACACGCGGCAACAACAACGGAGGCAGUAGCCCUGAUACAGGCGUUUCUCUUCAAAUGCCUUCCACUCCCCCGAUUGGACGCUCUUUUGGCUCUAAUGACACACGAAAUUCUGAUAGCCGCGUAAGUGAUGACGAGGGCGAUCAUAGUCGAGUUCCUUUAUUGGGAUCGUAUCGCCAUCGUAGUCACUCACAAGUUAGCGACUCGAGUCGACACCAGCAGCAACGUGCAGUGUCGCGUGAUCUGGAUGAUUUUUUGUCCAACGACUUUUUCGGAGCUUCAUUCAGCCACAACGAUGAUGAUAGCGACGACGAAUCAAGUGUCAGCUACGCGCAUUCGGAUGUCAUGCAGUCAGGCCGGUCGGCAUAUCGUCCUCCGUCUUUUUCUGGUAGAAUAUCUUCACCAGGCACGCCUAGUGAUGAUGAUAGCGCACAAUAUUCGAGCGGCACAAUUGGUGCGAUUCCGGAAAUCACUACGGCUGAAGAACAAUCGCAACCACGGGCGUCCGGAGUAGCUAGCCCAAGUAACGAGGAUGGCGAGGAUGGUCACAAUGGACGACUAUCGCAUGCAUCCGCGGAAUCGUCUUCCUCCAAUUCGUCAUCGGGUUUUCCUACAUUUUUGGAAGUGAUGCGCCGGACCCUUAGCGGUGUCCGGAGCUUUGUACAUAACGAACAGAGCAGCAGUCUUGCAGACGGUACAAGUAAUCAAUUGGGACUGGUGUCGGGCUUUCCCGUGCCAUCUUCCUCAUCGUCGUCGUUGUCGACACCUCCGGUGUCUCCAGUGAUUCGAUCUUCAAUCGAAAACGUUACCAUUGGUCGUCGCGGUUCGAGCGAAAACAGUUUUGAUGAGGCGUUGGAUUUGGACGAAGUGGACUAA